CAAGUAACCUCUGUGGGAAGAGAAUGCGGUGUGACGAGCGAACGCUUUAACCACUAGACUACCUCACCGCCCCCGACGUGUGUAAGGUGCACACUGUGACAUGUUCAACGUAUCAACGUGCAUGACUAAUGGAUAUAAAAGAUGAUAACGGGUACGCCUUAUAAUAUCUACCACUGUGUGAUGCCUCGCCUCAUUAUAGGAUGAGAAAUAUGACACUGCCUUAUAUGGUCAUGCUAUUUCAUAUAGCUACUGUUAGCUGCGAGUAACAGUAAAUGUUAUUCUCCAACGACGGAAAGGCUGUCUUUGUAACUGCUAAUAUCCCCUCACAGUUGAUAACAAAGACGACUUAGUAGAAGGUAAUACUUCCUGGAUCGGUUAACUCAUUCCCGUCACGUUUCUAUUGUGACGUCAUUGUAAGGAAGUGACUCACCGACCUUCAAAAGUAAAGAAGUCAUAAUAGUGCGUUUUCAAAAGGUGGCUUUGUGGAUUGGGAUUGUGGAGGCUGAGUACUGGGUGUUAUAUUGUUGAGUAUGACUAAUCUUUGAAGGACAUUUAGCAUAACGUUAUUAAACGAAUUCAGGGGAAUUUUGAAUCCGGAGUUAAAAGGUGUUAAAAAUAGGAGAUUCCCGAGGAGCGUGAUUCAUUUUCUGGCAUUGUGCCAACGCAUGAAUACCUAACUGUUCGAUAGCGUUAAAUCAGAAAGCAAAGUACGGUUGUGUACAACAUACCAUGGAAACCCACAGACAUAAAGGUCUCCACCAAAAGGUCUUCACUCCCCCAGGGGACCAAAGGAAUAAGGUAGACCGGCCAUCGGACGGUCCGUACUGUGCCAUUGCUCAUUUGAGCCUUUACUACGGAUUGACAAAAUAUGCUGGCACCGGAUUCCUGUUCAAGAGGGAGGCGCUCGGAAAAGAACGUUUCCUCGUCUUGACAGCUGGACACAAUCUCUACGACGUCGGCCGUAAAAGGUUUGCUGAUGCAGUCGUCAUACGUUUCGGUCGCAAUGGUCCUUUCAAUUUAGGAGAAAUCAUCAAGAAGUCCGAUGAUUUCAGAGUACCGACUCAGUUCAUUCAAGGCCAACAAGAGUACGACUUUGGAAUGAUCCUGUUAGACGUUUCCACUGAUCCUAUUCCCUGCGAACAUGCUUUCCAGCCGAUGCUAUACACCGACGACGACUCCGUCUUUGCCAACGUCUUCAUGAGCGGGUACCCACGUCGACCCACAGGCGGUAAGGAAGGCACUCCAGGUUAUCCUCGCGGCACCCAAUGGGAACUGGACGUUCAGUUGGAGAGGAUGACUGAUUACCACUUUCUGUACAGAGACGCCACCACUGACGGGAACAGUGGGUCUCCGGUCUAUUGGAAGAUACCUGAUCUCAACCAGUAUGUCGCCUUGGGGAUCCACGUCACGGGAGGAGACUCGACAGGAUACAAUGCAGCGACACGUAUCACCAUGGAAACCUUGACUGAAUACAUUGACGACUGGCUCGACUUCAACGACGACGACUGGGUCUACUACCCCUGGGUUGAUUCUCCUUUCCUGGACGUGGACGCCUGCGAGCUACGUAAGACAUGGGGAAAAGGGCUCUCUCCCUAAACAACUUGCUUCGAGGGCGGAGCAGUUGGGCUGUCCAGCCUUCAACACGGGCGGGGCCAUAAAAACAUAUGUCAAGCCCAAAGCUGAUUGGUGUAACCUGUUCAGUUACGAUUCUGGUGUCUUAGAAUUUAAUUAUAAAAGUUAUGGAAUGUGGGUCAAGUGGAGUCACGUAAAACAAAUGCAGUGAAUGUAAGACCUUCGGUUGCAUUCGUAGCCACUCGUGUUAUUCCGUGAAAAGCCGAAUAGCUACUCAUGCCUGUCCGGAAGGCGCCUGAACAUAAGAAUUACUUAAUAUGAACGCCAACUCUAUUUCUGUUUUAUUUCAACAGCAGGAAACAUAACUGAAGCACUAAAAUGUUUGUUUUAAAAGAUUUUCACCUGUUUUAAAUAAUAAUAAUAAUGAUGAUAUUUGUUGAAAACAUAUUCUAAUGUAAUUACCUGCUGUUCACCUUAUAUUUUCAAAUGUAUACUUCUAAAUACGGUUAAGAAUCGCAAAUCGGAAUCACUUUCCUCAAUGGGCAAUUAAAACAACAUCUGAUUUCAGUCCAUAAAUAGAUGCACACAAAUUCCUUUAAAAUAUAUCUCAAAGUGGAAAGAAACGCACGUGGGUGUAUUUGUAUCUCUCCUAUCCUUAUCAAAAACUUCAAAUACGUAUGGUGUUCUUUUUUGUAAUGUCAAAAUGACGAUAACUGUCUUUCACGAUUUUCUAAACAAUGACAUAAUACCAUAACCGAUUUAAGUACUCUGGAAUAUCUUUCUCAAAGUAGCUCAAUCCAUACAUGCAUUCUGUUUGGUUUGUCGCAUUUUAACCUCCAAGAAGAUCGCUUUUGGGCUUGUCCCAGAAUAACACUAGUCAGGGCGACGAGUCUUUUUUGAGGUCACGGAAAGGGGCGAGUUGUGACGAAUGCUUCAGGUAGCAUCAGGGAAAGCGCCGAGGGUAAGACCUUGACCUGAAGGUAGACUUCUGAAGGGGGACUUUGGUUUUAGGCAAUGGCGGAUCCACAGAGGGCUGCAUGGAUGUGGAACCUUCAUUUUGGCAUUUUACAAUACGCUUAGUUAGGCCUUGAAGUAUUCGUAACUCACAUCAACAGUAGCGCUAUAAUUAGAUCAACAUUUAGUUUUUGAAAUGAACAUAUUUUACAGAAAAAACAGUUCCGAUAUUAUAAUAAUAAAAUAUGAUGAAAAGGAGCCCAGAGACUUCCUGAAACUGUGGAAAUCUAGACUUGUCACAUAUUCUAGACUUGCAAGGGCCUUCUUGGAUAUAUUUGUUUCAGAGUCUGUAUGACAGGCCGCGCUAACAUCGCGUUGUGGCAGCGGGUCCUGCUGAAUAUUAAAGUCUGAGAAGGUAUCAAAACCUUUAGAACUCAUUUAGAAAAUGAACAUAUAAGAGAAUUGAUUUUGAAUAUUUGGAUCGAAUUAUAAAAACAAAGCUUCAAAAAUUGUAAUUACAGAAGUUUUCAGGAAGCAUUUUUCUAAUAUUAGAACUUGAGCAAGUCUUAGGAUCAUACUGAUUGAAGAUGUGAAGACUGUUUAAACCUGUGAUAAUUAUAUCAUGGCAUUGACUUGCUCAUACUUAUAUUUUCACUAAAUAUUGUCAUCUUUAUAAACUUGAUGAUGUCACAAGUAAAACAACACUUUCAAGUUUUCAUUAUUGUGAAUCUGUCUGAAUAUUUUCAUUUAAUAUCAAAUUUUCUUUAAUAUCAAACUUUGAUAUGUGACGUUAUCAUAUGAGACAAUAUUUACCUUAUCCUAUCUCAAAAGGUGAUCUUCAGAAGUAAACAUUUGUAAUUUGGAAAUUGGAAUACAUGUAUCAACAUUGGUUACAGACGACUAAGUUUUUGUUAAUUAUUUUCCGUAUUGGUUUUCUUUACAUUACAAAUUCAACCCGUAUCCUUCCUUUACACUGUCACGUAUUAUAUAAGACGGGGCAUUGCUUUAUGUACUAUGUUCCUGUGUCUUUUGCAUGUGCUCUUGUAUUCGGGUUUGGCAAUAUGCAUUUUAUUUGAUUUUUUUAAUUUGAGCUUUCGUGAUUGUUAUAUAGUUUUAUUACUUAUGUGAUAAUGUUUUGCAUUGAUGUAUGUCAAUGUACUGAUUUGUAUUGAUCUGUGAACUGAAAUUUGGACUACAUUUGUUAAUUACA